GCUGUUGAAGCAAUAGCCACUUUUCUGAGCUCAAUAACAUCUUUUGUAGUGCAAUAUGUGAAAGUUAACUGGGACCUUUUUGGAGAACUGGCUUUAGGCAUCUUCUCUGCAAUAGAUGCUUGUUCUCUAUUUCUCAUGCACUUCACUACCAACAUCUGGGCAUGUUACGCCGGCUAUCUCAUUUUCAAAGCAUGCUAUAUGCUCCUCAUAACAAUAGCAACGUUCCAGAUUGCAGUCAAUCUGAGCAUGGAACGCUAUGCCUUGAUGUUUGGAUUCAACAACUUGGUUGCACUGGUGAUUCAGGCCAUUCUUACAGUAGUUGUCGUGGAUUCAAGAGGCCUGGGACUGGACAUAGUGACUCAGUUCUUAAUUUAUGGAAGCUACUUCGCAGUCGUAGCUGGGAUUUUCUUGAUCAGAAGCAUUUGCAUGCUUAUCUCAAGCAAAUGCCAAAGGAAAAUAGCAAGAUCUUGCAAAGAGCAUCUGAACCAUGCUGAACACGAAUCAAAAGAGCAGAUUGUAACUGGCUAUACGACAUGGCU